UCCUUUAUAAAGACGCACAGACGGUUGACAGUCCUUCACACUCUCCAGCUCACAGCCAGCUCACACUCUACACACUCUACUACACCAAGAUGGCCGCCAAGACCGCACUGUUUGUGACCGUUCUGCUCCUCUGCGUCGCCUGUCUCCACGCGAUCCCGACGCUGGGCUGUAAGUGCAUCCGGACGACGGACACAUGUGUGAGUGUGAACACCGUCCGAGAAAUACAAGUAAUACCUGUAUCUGGAUUCUGCCGCCGCACCGUGGUCAGAAUCAUCAGGAAAAAUGGUCGAGUCGUUUGUGUCAAUCCUGCAGCUCCGUGUGUCCAUGAGCUGAUCGAGCAAGUCCAGAGGUUGAACACGACUCGAAUUCAGUCGAACACAAACCAGCUGUGAACUUUCUCCUCUGGACAAAAAAACAAAACUUCAAUCAAUAAAAUACUGUGAAUGGAACCGGCAGCUUUUCUGUCACCGAGAACCACGUGAUCGACUGAACGCGUCAAAUCAAUACAAAUAAAGAUGAAAAAAACUAAACAAAAACAAAACAAA